CUACUCGUUCUGUUAUUGCAGCACAUUGCAAAUCUAUCAAAUUUGACUUUCAAAACUCACAUGAACAAUUCUCUUAGUACUCCUAGUGAUAGUCAUUGAAACAGGCGACAAGCCACACAGCAUUACAGCAGGGCGAAGUGCACUUGAAGGCAGCACCUAGCUCCUGGACAGUCCAGCAGGCACAGUGACGGUGUUUGCGUGUGUGACACUGUGCCUGACAGAUAAACAAACCCCUUCUUGCAUGGCUUUAUGGACCUUUUAACAAUUAAUGUUAUCACUGUCAGUGUUGCUAAAUAGCUCAUUUUGAUGUUGAGAAAACAACCUUGGUUAAAAGAAGACGACUUCAUUGAUGAAAAGUUAAAUACAUUGGUUGAGUCCGCUGAGAGUGAUCUGGUGUGACAAUUGCAUGCUGCAUGUCUGAUAGCCCAUCACCCACCUACACUCAGCUCUGGUGCAUGGUCCUUUUUAGAAAUGAAUGAGUCGCCCAUCCUUGCAUGUUGUGCUGUGAAUGUGGCAUCAUGAGGAAAGACAGGGAUAACCCUCUGGCACUGUCCCCCAAGAAACCAUGCCAGGGCCAGGCGGAGUAUGGACGAGAGCUAGAGAGGCUGCGUGCUGAUUUGGAAGCGGAGAAGAGCCGCACGCUGCGGGCGCGCCGACACCUCUGUGUGGAGAUAAGGCACCUGCGGGAAGAAGCAGAGAGGAAGCAGCAGAGGGCUUUGAGGGAGCUGACGGCCAGGCGUGGCUGCCAAAAGGACUGGCACUCCAACAGAUCCUGGCGUCUGCUGGCUAAGGAGGUGAACAUUGAAGACAUUGGACGAUACAGUAACGUUGAUUCCACAGGGAAAGAGGCUUUUUGUUUGAUCAGCGGAGAAACGUGUACAAAGCUGGAGCAGUUGCUGCUGACACUGUAUGAGAAGAUAAAUGGUGAGCAGGGAGUCUAUAAAUUGCAUCACAGGCAGGAAUUUGAGCUAGAAAAGGCCUUCUUCCUCUGCCACCUGCUAGAGGCCCAUGAAAGACAGGGGAGGCAGAGUGCAGGACACCCCAGCUACAUUUCUAAAAGCCUUUCAAGAAAACCAACGCAAGACAGAAGCAACUUCUGUCAGACAAGGCCUCGUCUGACCUAUUCUAGGGCCUCGCUACAGAGAUCCCAGAAUACCUCCCUCUCACCGAAGAAGAAAACCAAACAAGAUCCACAAAAGCUGCCUUUAGGCCGGGACUUGGUUGCAGCUGACCCCUGCACCACGGCUGCAGUAGUGGACACCUGUUGGAGCAGCUCUCUGAAUAUUUGUCACCCUCCAAACUCUCCCCAUGCAGGCUGGGACGACCAGCUCCCCUACUGCGCUGAGUCCUCUGGGUCAGACGAGUCAACGCCCUCCAAAUGCAUGGACAGAAACAUGGAGAACGGUACUGACUACGGGUUCCUGGUACGUCAGAACUCUGAACUCUUGCGAGCUCUUGAUGAGCUGGAGAAGACUUGCACCACACUGAGGGAGGAAAAUGGCCUGCUGCGGAAGAGCAGUGCCCCAGAGACAGAGGAGAAGGUCAGGCGACUGAGGAGAAAGAACACAGAGCUGGCUGUUCUUGCUAAGAGGCUGGAGGAGAGGGCUCGAAAACUGCAGGAGGCCAACCUCAAAGUGGUGAAUUCCCCGUCACUGAUGAGGCCGGGGUCAGUAGAACAGUACAAGAGAGCAUUUGCCCGUCAACGAGCUCGUGACCUUGCUCAGCACGCCGAUGCACUUCUGUCCAAGGACAAGGAGAUUGCUGCCUUGCAGCAGGAGUGCAGAGAGCUGGAGGCACGGCUGGGCACCACUAAGGGUUCCCCUUUUCCAUCUGGCAGAGUGGAAUUUGAGAAGCUUCUCAGGGAGUCUCAGAGGGAGGUGCUGCGGCUCCAGAGGCAGCUGUCGGUCACAUCAUCCAGACAGCAGCACAACCACAGUCCUGAUCCAGGUGGCCCAGAGAAGCAUGAGGAAACCGAGGAGGAGCAGGAGGGGGAAGAGAAGGUUGUAGGAGAGACCCCGUGUGUGGCAUUAGAUGAAGCUCCAUCCAGGUGUGAGAAGACUCCCGGAGAGGAGGAGGAGUCGGGGCUGCGAGUGACGCCCCCACCGGGCCUCAGCCCGACCCCCUCCCAUCAGGAGGAACACACAGAGGAGCAACACCUACAUUUUCUGGAAAGUGAGCUGAGCAAGAAGAGAAAAGAAUGUGAAAACCUCGAGCAUGAAGUAAAGAAGCGACAGAAGAGAUGUCUGGAUUUGGAGAGCCAGCUUGAGGAUGAGCGAGGCAAAAAUGAGCAACUAAAGGAGGAGGCAGAUCUCCUCAGGAGGAAGGCACAGCUGCUCGACCAGACUCGGGCUGAGAAUGAGGAGCUGAGGGAAGAUCUCUCUGAAGUGACCGCUCAACACAAUUCAGUUCUCGAGGAGAACCAGAGACUCCGUGCCAAACUGGAGAACCUAGAGCAGGUCCUAAAGCAUAUGCGAGAGGUCGCCGAGCGAAGGCAGCAGCUGGAAUUGGAACAUGAGCAGGCACUGGCUAUCCUUAAGUUCAAACAGGAUGAAAUCAAACGGUUACAGCGGGCUCAGUUAUUCGCCAAGAGGGAACAUGAAGGAGUGGUUCAGAUGCUGGAGGAGUUGACUCAGCUUGUGUUGCGGAGGGAGCUGUCAAAGGUACGAGACCUGGAGGAGAAAUGUCGCACCCAGAGCGAACAGUUUGGCUUGCUGUCCCAAGAGUUGGAGAAGUUUCGACUGCAGGCCUCGAAGGUGGACCUUGCUGGCUCCAGCCUCCUUAACAAUCCCAGCCUCUCUGUUCUGACCAACGGGGUGGGCCUGACUACAGAACGAGACUGCACUGGUGGCUCAUGGGAUAUGGUGUCUCUGAGUGAAAUAGCCUUCUGGAGUCUCGAGGGAGGUGACACUCUCUCCUGCCCUGAGGGUAAUGAUCCGCUCGAUGUGGCCGCUGCACUACGGAUGGGGGCCACCCCCCACGCUGCAGGGCUGUCCAGGGUGGAGCGCUCGCCUGUCACCAAACAUCGAGAGCUGCCCACCAUCAGCAUCAACAAGUCAGGCUCUUCCUCCAGCAAGUCCGAGACCGCACACCUCACCCCCAAGUCUGACACCCACCUCAGUCCACACAAAUCAAGCCCAACACAUGAGGUGGACACUGCCAGUGAAGUAGAGGAGCUGGACAUUGACGUGGCCCCGGCACCUUACACAGCCAGCAGAGGAGCUGCAAAGCUUCAGGUUUUUAUUGCAAGAUACAGCUAUAAUCCUUAUGAUGGCCCCAAUGACAACCCUGAAGUGGAGCUACCACUCACUGCGGGAGAAUACAUCUAUGUGUAUGGAGACAUGGAUGACGACGGCUUCUAUGAAGGUGAGUUGAUGGAUGGACGGAGAGGGCUGGUCCCCUCCAACUUUGUGGAACGUGUAUCGGACGAUGAUGUCAUGAGCACUCACCAUCCAGAGACAGGGGACAUGUCCCACAACUCGCUGCUAGACAGCAGCCUGCACAGUGCCAGCCACCAGCAUCACCUCCACAUAGGCGUCAGCGCCUCAGAAAGGACAGAGGCCUCUGCUGCCUCUGGCCCUGCCUCAGCCCCCUCAGAUUCAGCAUCGGCCUUGGCUGUCCCAGCCCCCCUCACCAACGGCCUGGACUUGGAUUUGGAGGAGGUGGGAGUGGACAUUGUGCCUUACCCACGUAAGCUCACCCUCAUCAAGCAGCUUGCCAAGAGCAUUAUCAUCGGCUGGGACCCUCCGUUGGUGCCGGCUGGGUGGGGCAAUGUGUGGAGCUAUAAUGUGUAUGUGGACCAGGAGCUGCGGCUCAAUGUGCCCUUCGGUUCGCAGACCAAAGCGGUUCUGGAGCGGCUAGACAUAAACCUCAAGGCCUACCGUGUGUCAGUGCAGAGCCUGACAGAGAAGGGCCUCUCUGACCAGCUGCGCUGCAGCAUGCUUGUUGGUCGGGACGUUUGUGUGGCGCCCACGCAACUGCGUGUGGAGAGGAUAACUGCCACCUCUGCCAACCUGACCUGGCUGCCCAGCAACAGUAACUAUGUGCACAUUGUGUCCUUGAAUGAGGAGGAGUGUGAGCUGGUGAAGGCUGGCUGCUACUCGCUGUGCCUCAAUGACCUUUUGCCCAGCCUGCAGUACACAGUCAAAGUUGAGGCGCGGCCUCACCGCACACCAUGGGAGUUACCUGUGGAGCGACGUGAACACAGAAGCGCUACAAUCACCUUCAACACACUGAUGGCAGGCCCCCCUGAUGCUCCUCUGGAUGUCCAGCUGGAGCACGGUCCCUCUCCGGGGAUUGCCCUCAUCAGCUGGCUGCCGGUCACCAUAGAUGCUGCCGGGACCUCCAAUGGAGUCCGUGUCACUGGAUACACUAUAUACGCUGACAAGAAAAAGGUGCUGGAGGUGUCUUCCCCAACAGCUGGCAGCGCCCUGCUGGGCCCCUCUCAGAUCCAGUCCCUGCAGGCAGCUCAGGAGCUCACUGUCCGCACUAUGUCUGCCCACGGGGAGUCCUGUGACUCUUUGCCAGUCAAUGUGCCCCCCAAGCUGGCUGCCAUCAUGGCCGGCCCAGCUAUCACUGCCCCAGUUGUGCCACCCCUAUCCUGCAGCCCUGCAGGUUUGCCCUCACCGCCAUCCUACGGGAACUCUGCUGCCAAAGUCUCAAUGCUGCCCAGCACUUUACCAUCAGACACACAGUUCACUGGCCUCACAGUGGAGGCUGCUGCCAACUCUCCUCACGCCCUCCACUCAGAUCUUCUUCUCUCAUCUGCCUCAUAUGUGAACGCCUGGGCCGACCCCUCAUCUGCUGCUGCCUUGGCUGUGUAUGAGGCCACAUCACCUGUACCUGCCAUCAUCACUCCAGUGGUUAAUGUGACCUCGCCCACCAUCUCAUCACCCCAGCCCCCUCCUGAAGCAGCAGCUGCACAAGCACCAGCAUUGGCAGCAGCAGCCGAGUUGGAGCAGCGCAGAGACACCGACAGCCCCGGAACAAUUCGUCCUUUCCCAUCUAUCACAGAUUUCAUUGAGGACCCCAGUGCCAAGCUCGAGAUCCCUGAGCGCAUCCCCACACCACCCAAAGCCCCGAUCGCAGCGAUUCUUAACCCUCAGGACACUCUGCUCCUCCGACCUCCCAGCAAUUCACCGCUGGAGUCAGAGGUGGAGGAUGAGCGAGAGAAUACCCGCCUGGUGUCCAUCGAGGAGUUCUUGAGACAGGACCAAGAGCCGGCAUACUGCAGGACGCAGCAGAGUUAUGGCAGAGGGCUAGUGGAGCCUCCCAGUGACUACCACGCAGACAACAGCCGUUCAGACCUGUCUGACAUCCUGGAGGAGGAAGAGGAAGACCUUUACUCUGACCACCUCGGAGAGGCACAGGCCAGGGGAUACACAAUCAGAGCUAACAGGUCAUGCAAGGUGGAGCCUCCAGACAGUGAUGAGGAGGUUCUUGAGAAGAUCCUUAAGUUGCCUCCUCAGGUCUACCACAGCAAGCAGCUGUUCAGCAUUCCUGAGGUGACAGAGGAGGAAGAUAGCAGUCAAGAAGAGCCUUUACCCCACCACAGAAAGCCCAGGCCCAGCCACCAUGGCUCCCAGCAUCACCCACAUCACCCCAACCCUCACCCACACGUUCCCCAUCACCACUUCAACAGGGAUCCUAGAUCCCUAACCAAAGAGCCUUUACUGAGGCACGGACCGUUGCAGGUCAAGCCUAAAACACAGCACAGGGUGCACUAUGCAGACACGGUGGACACCAUCACUUAUCCUGAAGAAGAAGACAUGAGUUUAUAUGAGGGUCCCACCAGCAGGCGGGUCUCAGCCCACUGUCCUCCCCAGCCGACCCCCAACAGCAAAGAAAGAGUACUGCUCAGAGGGCUAGGGGACCGCCUUAGGAGGGAGGCCAUGCUCAGGAGUCAGAUGGCUGUCGCCGCGGCAGCCAACCCCGGCCAUGGCCUUACCCCGCCAAGACCCUACCCAGUCAGCAAAACAGCACAUACUCUGAGGUCACCUAUUGGUCACGGGAUGGAGAUCGAUGUGGAGUACGGCACAGAUGACAAUGAGGAGCCCGUGGACUACAGUCCAGGGGAAGUGGUGGUGGAGCAGAUAAGUUCUGAAUGGUGGGUAGAGGGGGCUCAAAUGGAGCACAGCAGACCCCCCAACCGCCGAGGGCCAAAGGCUGAUCCACUGGAGCCCGGCCAAAUGCCACCAGCUGAGGGCGGUCCAGCAUGGGCCCCCCAGGCAGAGCUCUCCUCUAAACCAGCUUGCUUGCCGGCGAGGCAACUGAAAGGUGGUGUUGAUUCACCAAAGAUGAAAGGAGACGGAGACAUACGCAUCUUUGUGGCCCUCUUUCCUUAUGAUCCCGCCACCAUGUCACCCAAUCCUGACGCUGCUGAUGAAGAGCUGCCCUUCACUGAAGGACAGAUCAUCAAAGUUUACGGGGAUAAAGAUGCAGACGGGUUCUACCGAGGGGAGUCUUGUGGUCGUCUGGGUUAUGUGCCAUGCAACAUGGUGUCUGAGAUCCAGGUGGAGGAUGAGGAGACCCGGCAGCAGCUACUGCAGCAGGGCUUCUUGUCCACAGCAGCCUCCAUGGAGAAGAUAGGCACUCGCACACACGCACAGCUUCCGCGUCGCCCUGUCCCACCGCCGAAACCGAGACGGUCCAAGAAAGUGGAGUCUGCAGCACUCUGGGAGGAGAGCGUAGACUCCUCCAGUCAAGAUCCCAGUCAGGCUGCUGCUGCUGCUGCUGCUGCUGCCGCUCCCGCUGCUGCUGCUGCAGGGAACCCAGCCCCAGGAGCUCGCAGGAUGGUAGCCAUCUUUGACUAUGAUCCACGAGAGAGCUCCCCCAACACUGACAUAGAGGCUGAGCUGACUUUCAGUGCAGGAGACAUCAUACAUGUGUUUGGUGACAUGGAUGAAGAUGGCUUCUUUUAUGGAGACUUGAACGGACACAGAGGCUUAGUGCCCUCCAACUUCCUGCAGGCCCUACCAGAGGAUGCUCCAGCAGAGCCUGUCUCUGCUCCGCCUGCACCGGAACCCAAGAAAGAAUCGCAGGGUACCUGGACAUCUUCUACAGAGCCACAGGAUCCUGGGCCGUCAAUCCUGCACCCCCAAACAGAACCUCCUCGGCCUGACCCAACAGAGCACAUAGACCUCCAACCCAACCCGCUACCCUCUGCAAGCCCCACGUCAGACCCGGACACGGCUCCAGCUGCAGCAGACGUCUGCCGCUCUCCUCCGGCCCCGCUCCCUGCAGACAGCCCGGCACAGACAGACUGCUCUGCACAAGCCAAGAAGAAGAAAGGCUUCUUCUCUAAAGGCAAGAAGCUGUUCAAAAGGCUGGGAUCCAGCAAGAAAGAAUGAGAGUUAGAACAUCUAACUCAGAAUACUCGCGUCACAUUGAAAGCACUUUUUUCUAUCUACACUGUUAUUCUCGGUUGGUAGUCGGCGCGGUUAGUGGCUAUCAGAUAUAAUAACUGAUACUUCAACCGUCAGCAAUUAUACAUUUGCCUUAGAGCACUGCUAGACCAGCUGUUAAUUAUAGAGUACUUAAAACCAUCAACAUACAGCUUACAGCAUCACAAGAGCAUGUUGAAGUGCAUGUUGAAGUGUGCAAACUCACUACUCUUACAAAUAUACUCUCUAAAUACUUGCUAAUUAUCGAAGCAAAUGUUCAACUCAUCAGAGGCUUUAACGCUUGAUAUAAAACACUUAGUACUCUGCCGGUUUAUUUAAUUGUAUCAGUGUGAUACAGAACGCUAUUGAAAAGCAGCUCCAGACGUCAGACACAGCUAAUGAACUGUUAGCUUUACCGCUCGUGUACUGGUGCCACUUUAUUUAUUUGAAGCAAACGAAUAGAAGCAGCAGUCCAUCUCUUCCUCCGUGUGACUGUAAAGAAUGCACUAUUUUAAAUAUGUCUGCUUGUCCCUCACAUGUGUUUCCUGUCUUUAAGAGUAUUUAUACAGUACUUUGUACAGAUCAUGUUAUUUAUUUGUAUCAGACUCUUGCCCUAAUCAUGGCCACGUUGCAUGAAGUGACAUCAGGGUAGAAGCUUAGUUGUUUAGAGCUGUCAGAGACAGCAACGAUCCACUUUGAUAUGUAUAGUUUAGAUGGAGAAAGUUAACCGUCGGCGCUGUUAAUUGAAGCUGAAGAUAAUGUUCAGAAUGUGAAGGGUCGCCCUUCUAUGUGCGUGUGUGUGUGUGUGUGUGUGUGUGUUUGUAGACGAAGCCGCCCAGUCCACUGGUGAGACUGAAAACAGAUGCCUUUCUCAAACAUUAACAUGGGAACUCUCGAUGUGUGUGACAACAGUCACGACUGGCCUCAAUGUUGCAUACUACAUAUUUUCUGUUUGUGCGUAUGUGAGUGUGUGUUUGUGCAAGAGAGAAAGAGAGACCUGCAGUAUGUCCAAAAAUGAUGUAGUAUCUGGUGUUCAGUAGGCUAAUUUAUACUCAAAAUAUCCUGGUUUGAUUGUAUGUGGAGCUGGUAUCAGGCUGGUAAAUUCAGUUUGGUUUAAAUGUAGCAUGUUUGGUGUUUUAGCUACAGUAUAUAACACAGCUGACAGGAACUUGCUACAGUAGAAUUGCAUUUAUACUGAACAGUUUUCAGUCAUGGCACUGGUGGUUUGCGGCACUACUGUACUGUGAUAGACUCUGCAAUAAGUUGAUUACGUAUUUAUUGUUUUGCCUCCAUGUGAGUGGUGUGUGAGUAUUGGGUCAGACAGGCUAAACAGUGUUGUAACAUCUCUUAUCAGCCCACGCAGUGUAGCAGUGAUUAGUUGUUUUUUUUAACGUCUGCACAUUUGCACCAUAACAUGCCGACUGUUCUGUUAAAACUAAGUAAUAUGACUUCAGCAAUAUAGCAUACUGUGUACCGCAAUGUUUAAUAGAACCAUACUGUACCGUUUAAUGCUUCGUGACAGCUUUACGUAGGGAUGCAGCGGUGUUAUUGAAGUGAAUGUGUGGACCAGGCCUUAGUAUACUAGUUUAACAGUCUGAUCGGAUGGUUUAUCUGUGUGACACAGGGCUGUUACAGUAGGCACUGUAACUUCUCAGGUUUAUACAUGUAGUUUCUUAUUCAUGCCGAGCCACCCGUGGUCUCCGGCUGUCAAAAAGUGCAGAAUAUGCCAAAAUCUUUAGGUGCUUUGCCUGUUACCAUAGCUACAAGAGAGAGCGAGCAGUCCAACAGCGCGGGGGGAUAUGAGCGCGGAGGUUUGUGGCGAAGAUCAGACCUGAUUUCAGUUUCGAUGGAGCACACCUAAAGGCACAAGUCGGAGGCAAACCUUUUUCUUUAACGUCAUGAAUGUUUUUUAGUUUUAACUGUUUGUCAAUGUUACAUAAAGGGAGCUUGAUGAUGCCAAGACUAAAAGGGAAGGAGGGGAGGGGGCGGACGGACAAAGACACUUUAGAUGUGAAAUAGCCGGGAUAGAGGCAAGACUGAGGCUGUACUGUACGUGUCGUUUUAAUUCAUGUUUUUCUUAUUUUCUGAGGGGUGGGGCGGAUGCUCUAAAAAGUUGCCGAAAUGUACAGCGAAUAUUUGUACUGAUAUUGUAUUUCACGGCCUUUAAUGCACAAGUAUUCCUCUACCUGCUGUGUAGUGAGUAGGCUGCUCCCGCUCUGCUGACUGAAUAGGACCUAGACCCAUAUACAUGUAGGUAGUGUUUUAGCUCAGUUGAUAAUAUUUAGCCUUACAAGAAGACGACCUUGUUUAGUCUUAAUAUGUUGUUUACAGGAUGUUUAUUGACUGCAUGCAUACCAAUGUUAUACCCAUGUUCGGCCUUAUUUAUGUUAUUGUCAUAUUUAUGUUUUUCUAGGCUGACUCGUCUACAAUAUUUGAGUUGUAGAUUGUCGAUGCAGUGGAGAGGAAGCUAUAGGAGUUGUCUGUAUAUAAUGAACAGUGUUGGGACUUUGACCAUGUGGUAUAUUUUCAUACAGCACAAGAUUUUUUUUUUUUUUUUUUUUUUUUUUUUUGUCUUUCCUGACCUGCAUUUAUUGUUUGAAACCAGUGGAAGAUUGACCUUUUUAUAUAUUACUGUUUUUAUUACCCUUUUGGAAGCUCAUCUGUAAAUAUUUUUGUUAAUAUUGUUUUUC